CUGUUACUUCCGUCACAUCUGCUACUUGUCUAAAAAGCGGAACUGUUUUCAUCAGCCUACAGUUCACAGCCGGAGUCUUUAGUCCGUGCACUGCGGAACUGAACUGAACUGAACCCAACCCCUGUGCUCCCAGACGCUCAGAGCCGGUGACAGUAAAUAGACCGGAGAUGGCACUUCGAGCUUGUGGAUUCAUAGUGUUUCGACGUUUAGCCAGCCGGAUUCCCUCACUAGAUAGCAUAGAGUACCUCCUCCUGCAGACGUCUUAUGGGAAACAUCACUGGACUCCUCCCAAAGGUCAUGUGGAUCCAGGUGAGGACGACCUCACCACAGCUUUAAGGGAGACCAAGGAGGAGGCCGGGCUGGGAGCUGAAGACCUUCAGGUUGUUGAUGGUUUUAUUCAGGAGCUGCACUAUGAAGUGCAAGGCAAACCCAAGGAGGUGCUGUACUGGCUGGCCGAGCUGAGAGAUCCAGCGAUAGCAGUAACUUUGUCAGACGAGCAUCAGGACUACCGCUGGGCCAAGUUGGACGAGGCCUGUGCUCUGGCCCAGUACAAAGACUUGCAGGAGACAUUGAGAGCAGCGCACAGACACCUACAGGACAAACAGUGAUGUUAGAAAUUUUAAACUCUACAGGGGUAAUGAUUAAAGGAGAUAAAUAAUUCAC